GCCACUGUAGUUUUGAAACGACGCUUCUCUCUCUCUCUGCUCACUGUUCUCUGUUCUCAAAGAUCGAAACUUUGGCUCUCUGUCUUCUGUCUUCUCUCCUCUCUCUCUCUGCUUCUCCUUCUAUGAUUUGCAAUGCCGACGAGGAAAGACGCUUCUGAAGUCUCUUCGGACCGGCGGAAGUGGCAGAAGGUCUUCAACGCUUUCGUGGAAUUGCUCGGGAAUCAACAGGCACAGCUCCUGACCCUCGUCAGAGAGAGGAAGCUCCUGGAGGAUCGCAUCAAGAUGCAAAACAGGCGUUGGAACUCCGACGUUCGUUUUCUCAAGGACCGAAUCUCUCAGAUGAGGGGGACUCUGAAGCUGCAGGACAUGGCCCACUUUCUUGAGUCCACUAAGUUGGAUUUCGCCUUAGGCUUGAAGGAAAGGGAGGCUCUUUUGUACAAAUUGAAGUUAGAACAAGCGGAUGAUGAGUUGGCUGAUUUUAGAGGGUGCCUUGAUAGUAUUCCACAUAAGUGCCCUGAACUUGAGGAGAGUGCUCAAUUAAAUAACUCUGCAGAAACCAGAAACACAAGGAGAGGACUCAGAAGUAGUGAUAGGAGGUCUGGUAAAGAUGCCAAGGAAGCGCAAGAGGAGCGUACUCAUUUUCUGGAGGAAGAAAUAAAAAAGUUGAGGCUUGAGUAUGAUAAGCUCAUUUCGGAAAAGAAUUCCGAAGCAUCUGCAUUAUUGAUGGAGAAGAAGUUUGUAUGGCAUCAGUAUAACAUAUUGGAAAAUGACUUGAAUGAUAGAUUAAAGAGCAAAGGGGCUGAACUCGAACUUGCAAAUCAGAAAAUAUCCAAACUCCUUACCAGCAUGGAGAAGCUUGAAAUGAUGAACGGUGAGAAGGAUGAUACUAUUGCUGAGUUAAAGAGUAAAAUAGAUGAAAUGGAAGCCAUUUUGGGCAAACAAAACGAGGAAAUAGGCAGGCUUGCCCAAGAAUCUGAAGUCCUGAAGAAGAACAUGGUCACACCUGUCUUGAGUCGUUGCACGUCAAGAAAUAGAACCUCCAAAACGGAGGGAAAAGAUAGCGUUGCUCAUAAACGCUCUGUGGUUUUGAAGAAAGAAACAGGGCAUCCCCAAGUCCCCGAUUCUCUAAAAGAUUCCGAAAAGGGAACCGGAAGGUCGAAAAGGAAGGCCGUUGCUAUUGAAACUCCCAAGCUAUUCUCCUCCUCAUUUAAAGUACCCAAAUUGAAGGCCUCAGCCAUGAGAUGACGCACGACGCAUUUCCUUACUCUUAGGUAGGUUGAACUGUAGACGUUAUCGUUUGUACCUUAUUUGUCUAACACCGUUGCAGGUUCUGGCUGCAGUGUAUUUUAUCACCGUUUUCUGGAAGUCAAUUCGAUUGACCCUUUACAGGUUUAGUGAAGCAUUGUGUCCUUCCGAGUGAAUAUGCUUUGUAUAUGAGUCUUCAUGUUGAGUUCUCAGGCAACUCUGGACGACAUGAAAGAAGACAGUCAAUUCUUUUUGUCCUUUUCUUGUAAAUGUGUGCGUUUGCUCGCCAACGUGUCUAAAGAAUAGAUGCUCUGUAAUCUUCGCGAUGAAGAUAUCCAUGAUUGUAAUGCAAGAGUUCCCUAUUGCUUUUUUACCUCCCA